UGUUGCUGCCCGGCUGCGCUCCUAAGGUGAGGCUGGGCACCGGGCUGGGGCAGCCCCGGCGCGAUGGAACGGGUCCGGAGGCGGUCGGCGGCUCGGCUGGAUGCCAUCCUCCGGCACCUCAACCCGCGGGUGGGAGCAGCCCCUGCUCCUACAAGCGUUCCUACUUCAGCCCAAGUGAGUGCAGUUACUGAACCAGGGAGGUUUUGCUAUACCCUGGACAAUGAUGUCCUCACCACAGAGCAGAGGCAGUUCUAUGAAGACAGUGGGUAUCUGCUCAUUAAGAAGCUCGUUUCUGAUGAAGACAUUGAGCGCUUCAGGAAGGAGUUCAUGAGGAUUUGUAGAAGGGAGGUGAAUCCACCAGGAGCUAUGAUUAUGAAAGAUGAGUCCUUGAGAUCCCAGUAUGGUCAGUCUGAAAAAGUGGUUAAUAAAGUGCAGGACUUCCAGGAGGAUGAAGAGUUGUUCAGAUACUGUACUCUGCCAGAGGUCCUCAAAUAUGUUGAGUGCUUCACAGGACCAAACAUCAUGGCAAUGCACACCAUGCUGAUAAAUAAACUUCCAGAUUCUGAUAAACAGACUUUUCUCCACCCUAUGCAUCAGGACUUGCACUACUUCCCCUUCCGGCCCGCGGCCCGCAUCGUGUGCUCCUGGACCGCCAUGGAGAGGGCAGACCAGAGCAAUGGCUGCCUGGUCGUGCAGCCAGGGACACAUAAGAUGCCCCUGAAGCCUCAUGGCUAUCCAAAGCAGGGUGCAGGCAACAAACUUUUCCAUGGGCUGCUUGAUGAGGAUGAGAAGAUUCCCAGGGUUCACCUUGUCAUGGAGAAGGGAGACACGGUGUUCUUCCACCCCCUGCUCAUCCAUGGCUCCGGGAUAAACAAGACAACAGGUUUCCGAAAGAGCAUAAGCUGCCACUUCGCCAGCUCCGAGUGCUACUACAUUGAUGUCAAGAACACAACCCAAGAGCACCUGGAGAAAGAGCUGGCAGAAAUGGUUCGCAAGAAGUACAACAUGACUUCUGCGGAACUCAGGGAUAUUUGGAACAUCCGAGCACGGCUUGUGCAAGGGGAAAGAAUUAAUCUGUAGAACAACCCCUGAAGAGCAGGAUGGAAACCAUGGGCCUGAGAAUGAGCUUCUCUGAUCGGAGGGUGCAGACCUUGCCUGUGCUUUGUUGACCUCUGGAUUGGUAACUUAGCCAAAAGCUGCAUCAGGAAAUCAUUGUAUGCUAAUAUGAAGUAAUUGCACUGAGGUUGAAGAACUGAUGUCAAGGGAAACUAACCUAGAAAACUGGAUUGCUGUAUCUUAGAAAAUCAAAGAAUUAAGGUGUUGAAAUAGCACCUUGAUUUCCUUGAUGUGUUUAUUCUUGUUUUUAGAAGUUUCUCACUGACACCCCUGUGUAAUGAUGCUAGAUUAACAUAAGAUUUUAUGCAAGAAUUUCCAACUUCCUUUUCUAUGCAAAAGAAAGAAAAUGAAUCAGUUUCAUACAAGCCCUCGGUAUGAGCUCACAUGGGAAGGUAUUGGUACAACUGAUGGACAUGGGCAUAUUUGUACCAGCAGAAUCAACCGUGUAAGGAACUGGAUAAAAGGGAAGCAGCAACCACUCACAUAGAAAAAUGGGAUUGAUGGGCUGGAGCUUGGUUGCUGGUAGGGUUCCUCAAAUGUGACCUGGUGUUGGCAUUGCCAACUGCCAAUUGCAGUGCUGGCACAAGUGAAGAAUGUGACUGACAGGGUUGGGAGUUACUGGAAGAGCAAACCAGCCUCUUGUUAGCCUUACAAUGGAUGGCAAGCUGUGGAAAUGAGGGGGGAGUCGUUUGAGCCUGGGAGGAGGUGCCUUUUGGUGCUGCCAGGUUGUGGAGGUGGUUGUAUGCUGCUCAGGAUGCACUGGAUUUGGGGUGGGGUAAUGCACACUGACGUGAUCCUCUCACCUUUUACAAUGUUUUUUCUUGCUUUCUGAAAGAUUCUUUUGCUUUCAGAAUCUGUUUUCUGAAAUACAGAUUAAAUCAGAGCAAACCUUGA